AUGACCAAUGCCAAACCGGUGCUGACUCCAAUGGCGUCUUCUCCCAAGCUUACUCUCACCUCCGGCAAAGCACUUGCAAAUCCGACUAAAUACCGUCAACUUGUGGGGAGCCUUCAGUAUCUUCAGUUUACUCGCCUUGACAUUGCCUUUGCGGUGAAUAAACUUUCCCAGUUUAUGCAUUGUCCCACCGACGAUCAUUGGCAAGCCGCCAAACGCAUACUCCGAUAUCUCGCUGGUACACCGUCUCAUGGUAUUUUUUUCUCCUCCAAGAAUCCCCUGAAUCUCCAUGCGUAUUCUGAUGCUGAUUGGGGAGGUGACUCUUUUGACUAUGCCUCCACCAAUGCCUACAUCAUCUAUCUUGGUACUCAUCCCAUUUCCUGGUCGGCUAAGAAGCAGAAAGGUGUUGCCCGUUCAUCAACUGAAGCUGAGUACCGUGCGGUCGCCAACGCUGUAGCCAAGCUCCGCUGGGUCUGUAACAUCCUCACCGAACUUGGCAUUGAGCUUCCGACACCUCCAACGGUCUACUGUGACAAUGUAGGUGCCACCUUCCUUUGUGCAAAUCCCGUUUUUCAUUCCCGGAUGAAACACAUUGCCCUUGACUAUCACUUUGUUCGUGGUCAUAUCCAAGACGGAGCUCUUCGAGUAGCUCAUGUUCACACCCACGAUCAACUCACCGAUGUUCUCACCAAGCCCCUUCCACGAGCUCACUUUCUACACUUACGGAACAAGAUUGUAGUAACUGAAGCUUCUCCAUCUUGA